UGAGCUAUCUCAGCUAUCUGUCAAACUGCGUUUGCCUCCCUCGCGUAACAGAAAAUUGUUCAUUGUGCAGUCGAAAUUUGUGGCUUCAAUCCACGAUAAGAAAAGAACGGAUCUUGUAAAUCAUAAAACUUUUUCUGGCAAAACGAAUAACUCGCACGCAAUGUACUCCACCAUAAAAGACCCGAAGCCGCACCAGAUGAUGACGUGCCCGUACAACAAAGCGCACCAGGUAGAGCACUACAGGAUGCACAUCCACCUGCAGAAGUGCAGGAAGCAGUACCCCAAGUGCGCCAAGACCACGUGUCCAAUAAAUGCUACACAUGUCAUCAAUGACGCUGAGUUGGAUUUCCACGUGUCGUCAUGCCCGGAUCGCUUCCUGUUCGACACGCAGAAGUACGUGGUGGAAGACGAGGUGCAACAACGCGAACUGCCUCCUAUCCCGGUCGUAGAGUGCGAGGAAAACUGGGAAACUGAGCAAGCUGCAUCAUACGUCCCAGACACUACUGCUAAAGCUCACAUUAUUUCUAAAGUGAAAGGCGCCACGCCGUCGGAGCGGCGCCGCGCGCGCCUGGAGGGGGUGAAGAACUACCGCCCCCUCAACUGAAGCCACGGAGCUUCUUGCCGGUUCUUCUCAAGCCAGGCCGGCUUUGCUGCCCUUAUAGACGGGCCUUACAGACCAUGCGACAAAUGUACGGAUUUAAUUUGAUUGUUUCCAUUACAAACUCAAUAUUUCUGGAGAUUGUUCAUUUAAACCUUCGAGCAACACCGGCCUCCGACCCGUCGGAAGGGAGGAGCCCAAGCGAUAUCUCACCGUACAAAUCGUUCUGCCAUUUUUUGCGGGGGGAAACGUGCACACAGUCGCACUUCUCACUCACUACAUACUAAAUCCAAUCUGUAAUGACAACACAAAUACAUAGAAAAUGACACAAGUCAAAGACAAAUCUUGCACACCUCGAUCUCUUUUUGUGUACGAACGAGUCACAGCACCGCCAUAGGUACAGUUGUACCUAUGCUUCGGCAGAGGGGAAAUAGUACGAAUGCCGCCUCCCUUCCCGGCGUUGCUCGAAGAUUUAAACAUGUGACAAAGGAUUUAAAAAAAGGCUUAGAAAUAAAUUCGCGUAUUGUCAAAAACAACUUAUCAGUCGGAACCAGGAAAAUUAUAUUCAUCCCUUUUUUUGGGUGCUAGUACUAGCGUAAGACAAAGACGGUAUGGUUUUAUCUAUGUUUGAAAUGAGACAAUCCUGCUCCAAACCAAAGAGAAUUUGAGAUAGAGGUGGAUUAUCAAAGAAAACUUUGUAGCCACAGUAAAUUUACUGCCAUCUUUCGACACAUGAUUAAAACUUUUAGAACGGCAUUUAACUUUGAUCCUAAUUCUUUAAUGAAUAAAUAAAGGCGCCACUUUUUGAUAUUUAACAAAUUUAACACAUAUCAGUGCAAUAAGGACCAAAGUCAAAUGGCGGUCUAGAAAUUUUAAUCGUGUGUCAAAAGAUGGCAGUAAAUUUACUGUGCCUACAAAGUUUUCUUUGAUAAUCCACCUCUAUUUCAAAUUCUCUUUGAUAGUAGUCAGUGAAAAUAUUAUUUUUCAUAGCAUUUUUUUACUCGUUUGUCCCAGAAAGAAAUCUUAUAAAGAUAUAAUCUCCA